UUCAAACUCAUCGUCAAUCAGUGACUCCGACCUUAACGAUUACUGUCGGCGGUCUGCACCCUCUAUUCCGGUGCUGCUUCUAUCUCUGCUCUUCGAGUUUGAGGGUUAGCUUCACUGUCGUUUCGUCAGCCCCUCUCUCUUGUCCCUCCAGUGACUCCUCCGUCCUACACAGACUUCAAUUCUGCACCAGCUCCACAGAAGCAGAAUCGUUAGUCCCUCACACCUCCGUGACUCCGUCCUGCACGGGUUGCUACUGGUGGUAUGCAUCUCUGAUUCCGGUGGCACUGAACCUUCAUCUUACAGGUUGUUGAUUCAUUAAGGCAAGGUCAUCAGGCAAUGAUAUUUGUUAAUUCGUGAAAGGAUACAGAAAAAACAUCAGGAAAACCAGUUGAACUUGCAUUUGUUAGGAAGUAUGAUAACCUGGAGAUUCAAGAGUAACACCCAUCCACAGUUUUCCGUAGUAAAGAAGGAACUAGUGUAAAACUUUUCAUACCAAAAGCUUGUGAACUCUUUGAAGGAUAUUUUUGCAGUAAACAGAUCAGCAAAGAUGAUUCCUUUUACAAGCUUAAGGGACUUGAAAAUCUCGUUCGGCCCAUUCAACUCAUUUUCCCAAAGUAGAUGGAAAAAACCAGUUGUUACAGCUCAGGUUCGCUUAGAAACAAGAACGAGAGACCUUAAACUUGACAAGCUUAUUACCCACCUUAACAAACUCAAAACUGUUCUCAAAAUCCAGCAGCUCAUUUCCCAUCGAAAACAAGGCCCCUUUGUCUCCUUACAGCUGAUGUCCCGUUGGAGAAACAUUGUUGGACUUAAUGUGGGCAUGGGCAUCUUCCUUCACAAGUAUCCCCAUGUUUUUGAAGUAUUUAAGCACCCAAUUAGGAAGAAUAUCUGCUGCAGAUUAAGUACAAGAUUUAGGGAUUUGAUUGAUGAGGAAAAAAGGGUUAUGAAAGAAUAUGAAUCAGAAUUAGUAAGGAGAAUAAAGAAGUUGCUGAUGAUGUCUAAAACUGGGACCCUCCAUGCUCAUGCUUUGAGAUUGAUAAGUAGAGAAUUAGGUUUGCCUGAAAAUUUUUGGGAUUCUAUUUUGGGAAAGUACUCCUUGGAUUUUAGGCUGACUGAUUUGGAAAUUGUUGAACUAGUUGCAAGAGAUGAGAGUUUGACAGUGUCUGAGGUUGAAAAAUGGAGAGAAAAAGAGUACACUGAGAAAUGGUUGAGUGAGUUUGAAACAAGAUAUGCAUUUCCUAUUAACUUUCCAACUGGAUUUAAGAUGGAGAUAGGAUACAGGGAGAAGUUAAAGAAUUGGCAGAGGCUUCCUUAUUUGAAGCCUUAUGAAAGAAGAGAGGGUAUGAGAGUACGUACUUGUGGAGGAGUUGAGCGGUUUGAGAAGCGGGCAGUUGGAAUCAUUCAUGAGUUGCUGAGCUUGACUGUGGAGAAGAUGGUUGAAGUUGACAAACUGGCUCAUUUUAGGAAAGACUUUGCAAUACAAGUUAACGUGCGUGAACUGCUUCUGAAACACCCUGGAAUAUUCUAUGUAUCAACAAAGGGAAGCACCCAGACUGUAUUUCUUAGAGAAGCUUAUAGCAAAGGAUGCCUGGUUGAGACCAAUCCGGUUUAUAUUGCUCGAAGGAAAAUGUUGGACCUUGUCCUGCUAGGACGUCGAAAUGCUAGAAGGAUGUUCCAUCAAGAGGAAAGAAUUGAGGAAGGUCAUAGUUUAGUUUCCACAGCAGAUGGAGAUGGCUCAAGAGAUGGUACUGACUGGGUUAUUCCAACUUUAGAAGGUUGUGACACUGACAAUGAAGAUCCACUGAAUAGUCUUGAUGAAAUCAGUAAUUCCAAGGAAGAGUUCCAUGGAUACUGUGAAAGUGGAAGUUGUAAAACUUAUUAACAUAUGGAGAGUGAAUCAGGUCGGCCACAUGAUGUUUAACAUUCGUUUUGCAAGCUAUUCUCUUUUUCUCUUCCACAACUACGAGCCUGGACGUCGACAUAUAGAAAUUUUAUAUUUCACAACCACUGCUCUGGAAAUUUUUUAUGAUUUUAUGACAAAUUUAAUGCCCGCUAGUUUGCUACCAGCUACCAUAAAAAAAAAAAAAAAUG